AUGGAGAUCUUUAACGACCUAAGCCGUAAGCUGGUGUUUCCAAUAGACUAUCCGUCCCAGCGGCGAGUUGCAAAGCUGACAGACAUAAUACUCGGUUCCGGGACGCUCGUCAGCUGCUUGCUUGGCUUCUAUGCCGGUUCCCUGUCACUAACGCUAUAUGCCUUUGCUGCAGCCUACGGGCUCGCGCUACUACUGGUGGUCCCUGCGUAUGGCAAGUAUCGACAGCAGAAGCUAGCGUGGGUAGGCAGUGCCGCCGCGACCACCAAAGAUUUAUAG